CCGGUGAUCAUUUUCACACUUUAUAUAGGACAACAGUGUUUACUAUCGCUUCUUUAAAGUCUCAGUUUUUACUACACGACUAUUUCAGAGUUCAGCUUUUUUAUUUUUUCUAUUUGAAGUUAUUUCCGUUUAGUUUCGCCUCUUCAACAGUAACACGAGGAGACCUCUUUUCUUCUUCUUCUUUUUUUGUUUUGUCUUGAAAAUGCAGCCACAUUCUGACGAAAUGUCUGCACGGUUUCUGCUGGAGGCGUCUCUGCUGUAUGAGGAGAAAUGCCCGGAGCUGUCACGGUAUCUCAUACACCUGCCAUACCAGGCUGAAAGACAACGGCCGAUAAACAAAGGUCCGGUCUUCAGUUUGUUGCAGAACAUGUCAUUGUGUUCGUACUGCUAUCAGUGGCUGAAGCCCGAAAAUCACCGGGUGCGGCUGCGGCCAAAGUGCCGUCCGUCGGCGCGGGUGAACCAAGUCCUGCUUCGGAAAGCCAGAGGAAAACGGUUGAGCCUGGCGCAAAAAAAGCUCCUGAUCCGCUUCCAAAAGUCGUCUUCAAUGGUG